AUGGCGAAUGUGCGUUACGCCCACGUGUUGGCGUCGCCGUGUGUGUCGCUGCUGGCGACGGGCUGUGGCGUGCUGGGGGUCUACGAAGGCUGGCAGCUGCGUGAGCGGAGGAAAUUGCUGAACGGCGUUCUGCGCGACAGCUCGACGAUUGCAGCCUACGCAGGCGAGACUGCGCGGAACUACGCGGGCGUCAGAUACCUGCUCCCCUCCCCCAAGGGCGAAGGCCCGUCGGAGACCCAGUUUUCGCUGCUUUCUCCCGGCCUUCUCGCGUCGCUGCGAGCUGCGGUGACCGCUGGCGGCCUCAACCCAGAGGAGGCUGGCGAAGCCCAGCUGACGGCCGCCGUCGCCGCGACUGAGGAGCUCAUCCGCCGCCUCAGCAGCGAGCCGACUGACUGCGUCUCACGGCUGUACCGGCGGGGCGCCGGCGCCUGCGCGAAACUGCAGAGGUCGCUCGGCGGCGCAGGCGAGAGUGAGCCGCGCGGGAAGGCCGCGGCUGGCAGCGAGGCCGCAGCCGGCGAGGAGGCCUCAGGCUCGGGAAGCCUGGAUCAAAUAUGCCUGGGGCGUAUCACGAGCGUGCAAAUCGUGCGCCGGCCGGUAAAGGUCUCGCUCGCGGAGGGCGUCCAGCUCCCGGGGCGGUUCCUGCAGGUCAGCUACCAGUACUUCGUGCCGCAGGGGAGGGCGCAGGGCGACGAGCCGCAGCUCCUCAAGGAGAAGCUCUGGCACAUCCUGCAGUUGCAGACUGCACUGGAGAGCUUCAGGAUGCAGCGCGGCGCCGCAGACGGGCCGGCCUUCGGGCGGCACGCCCGCCCAGAGGCCCUCGACGCAGACACGCAGAGAGCGAUUGAGGAGGCGUGGACUGGCGGCUUUCUGCACCGCGUGACUGGUUUGCAGGGCGCGGAGAAACGUGCGGCAACCGAUGGAGGGGUAGGAGCCUCCGCGAUGUCGUGGCUGGCGUCUUUGGUCUCCUGGUUCUCCGGGGCGGACCGCUCAGCGGGUGCCUCGUCGCAAGACGUGGAAGCCGCUUCCCUCGCCGAGCUCGCAGGCGCGCCCGCGCCGCUCUCCUCUGUCUGCGAAGGCCGCGUGGAGUUUCGCCUGCCGCGAAACCCCACAGAGUGCACUCGCGCCUCGUGCGGCGGCUGCGUCCCUGAGCCGGGCGCCCCGACGCCAGCGGCGUCCGCGACAGACGCGAAGGCGCGAAAGCGGUGGAAGAAGAUCAUCUACAAAUGCCGAUGCUGCCACGCCGAGGUGUCGAGGAAGGAGUACGAGGAACUGGCCUCUCGCGACUCCGUUCUGGCAGCCUCCAUGGCCGCGAGCACCUCCGUGGCGCACAUGCUGGGCGGCGCGCCUCGGGCUGAUCCCGGCUUGUGCCCAGAGUGUGGACAUCCGCUGGGGGCAGCCGGCAAGGCAGCCGCCGCGGAGCGAGCGGACGGUGAGGCUGCAGACGAGGAGACGCCGCCGGAGACACCUGCGCUCCUGCCUUCACUGCAGGCCUGGCGCGGACUCGCGCCGGACCAGCUCAUCACGGUGGCCUACGAUCGCCGCAACCCAGAAAACCACAGGGCGUGGGUGGCGGCGAUCUCUAGCGAGUUCGGCGACGAGAGCGCCGACGUCGAUGCUCAUGGGUUCCCUGGGCAGCUGCUUGUCUUCGACAACCAAAAGUGUGGAUUUGACUUCCCGAAUCUCGUUAUGGGCGCGGGCGCCGGCCUCACGCUGCUUGGCGCCAUGAAGCUGUACAUCUACCUCGUCCUGCGCAAACGCAUGAGGCUGGUGUGA